CUUCAUGAGUUUCAUCCCCCAUCAUUUGGGUCGUCUAUUCAAAUUUCCCUUGUGAAUUGCGCCUUUGGAAUAUUGCGAGCGUUGUGAAGCAUCUGAAUUUUAGCGAGUCUUAAGAUCUGGCCUGUUAUCACGCAUUUUCUCCAUAAUCCCUACAAUGUCUUCACAGCCGCAGUGGUGGGAUUCAUAUCCCGCGCCAACUACAACUCCCCCUGUGUUUGGCCGCGAGGAACUCCUCCGCCUUUUCCAAACCCUGGGCGGCGAUGUCCUGUCUGCAGGCCUGCUUCUUGUCGAUGUCAGAAGGACGGACUAUGAAGGUGGUCUUAUCAAGGGCUCGAUGAACCUUCCUGCUCACUCCUUCUACCUGAACCGCGCUCCGCUGUACAAGCUGUGCCUCGGUGAUGGCGUCACCGGCAUCUCUCGAGUUGUCUUCUUUUGCGGAUCCUGUGGGAGUCGGGGGCCACGCGCCGCAGGCUGGUUUGCUGACUAUGUCGCCCAACGGGCACAAGAGGACGGGAUACCUGAAAGUAUCAAGGUCUACACGCUUGAGGGUGGGAUCAAGGGGUGGGUCAAGGGAGGGCCGGAGUACAUCCAGUUCAUGGAUGCUUUCGAGCCCACCUAUUGGAAGCCAGUUGAGGAUCAGGACUCCAAGCAAGGCGAUAAGCCGGUUGCAAAGCCACAGGGAGCUCCGGAUUCGAAGAGCAGCGAGGGAGCGGCUUAGCACGAUCUAAGCGACCAUGGGAGGCCUGAACUCGGUCUCCUGUGGCGAGUAUGUUAUCAAUGGUACGUGGUCUCCGUGUUUCCUUUCCUUCAAUGUUUGUCAAGUGAUGAGUACACACCAUAGUGGUUUUAGGAAGAGCCGUAUGAGGGGCGGUGGCAUCGACAUAUGCCCUGCUAUCUAUGCUUACAAGAUGGUUUCUGAUAACAAACACUCGAGUUUUGCAGCCAGCGCUUUCUGUACUUAUCAGUGCUAACUUUACUCAAGAAUAGGCAUGGCUUUUUGUCUCUGGGCCAUAAAAGGCUAGAGCACUACGUUGGACGGAGGCGCAAUGGGACUUUUCGUACCGACUUUUCCUAGUCUUUGAUGGCAUUCCACGAACUCCAGAUGUAGGUCAUAAUCGCAUCAUCACGGCCCCGACUAAAUUGCGACGACGUGAGAUCGUUCACAAAUUCAUGGACUGC